UCACGCGGUCACGCCAGCGGUGCAGCCAGCGAUAAAUAUCUCCCGCCACCGCUGCCGCGACGCAGCUUCACCUCACCUCCCAACCGCCCGUGCGUGACGCUGACCGCAUCGGGAUCCAGCCGGCCAACGCCAGCGCGAGCCACCGGACAAAACGCGCACCGCAUCUCUCGCCUUCUUCUCUUCUAUUCUCUUCUCUUCUCUUCCACUCCGGCCGCAACGCCAUCCACCCUCUCCUGUGCCUCCUUCCUUCGCGGCAGCAGCCGGCCGUGGUUCGGAAGCCGCGAAUUGGUUCAUGGUCGUGGCCGUAGCUGGUCGAUGAAGGUGCUCUGCUCCGCGUGCGAGGCAGCCGAGGCGCGCGUGCUCUGCUGCGCCGACGAGGCCGCCCUCUGCGCCAGCUGCGACCGCGACGUCCACGCCGCCAAUCGGCUCGCCGGCAAGCACCACCGCCUGCCCCUCUUUCCACCCGCCGUCGUCUCCGAGCCAAACUGCGACAUAUGCCAGGAGUCCCACGCCUACUUCUUCUGCGUCGAGGACCGCGCAAUUCUCUGCCGGAGCUGCGACGUCGCCGUGCACACGGCCAACGCCUUCGUCUCCGCGCACCGCAGAUUUCUCCUCACCGGCGUCCAGGUCAGCCUCCAGCCCGGCACCCAAGAACCAGAGCCACAUCCACCGAACGCCACAGCAGCAGCAGCUCCCCUUCAAACGCCCCCGCCACUGCCGCCCGCCAAGAAGGGGGCCAGCAGCCCAGCGCCGCUGUACAGCGACGACGACAUCGACAUCGACUGGGCGGCCGGCCCAGACGUCGGCGUCACGGGCAACUUGCCCGACUGGUCGGUCGUCAACGAGCAGUUCAGCGCUCCGGUGCCGAGGCCUUCGGAGCCGGUCGUGACCAAACCCCCCUCGAAGAGGAGCCCCCGAGGUGCCGUCGCGGCCGCGUUCGGCGACCAGGGUGGCGUCACCGGGGCCAUGCAGGACUGGCAGCUGGACGAGUUCUUUGGGUUCUCGGAGUUCAACGCCGGUCUCGGCUUCACUGAGAAUGGCACGUCUAAGGCUGACAGCGGGAAGCUCGGGAGCACCGACGGCUCGCCGAACGGCCGGUCGUCGUCCGAGUCGACGCAGAACGGGCAUGACUUCUUCGGCCAGGUGCCGGAGGUCCACCACUGGUCCGUGCCGGAGCUCCCCUCCCCGCCCACGGCCUCGGGGCUCCACUGGCACAAGGUACCACACCACGGCGGCGGCGCAACGGACGCCGCCGCGUUGUUCGUGCCGGACAUCUCAUCCCCGGAGAACCCCUACCGGUGCUUCGCGGCGGCCGCGAAGCGUCGGAGGAGAUGUUAACGUGACAGAGAGGGAGAACGUCCUCGUCAGUACUAGAAGUGGUGCAGGUUUGCAAGAAUCAAGCUUGGUGUGUUGGAUGUUCUACUUCCAUGGUGAGGAAUCGUAGCUCUUAGGGUAAGUACAGUGCUAGCUGCUACCUAGCUAGGCAGGACGUGAUAGAGACGUGAGGAUUGCUUGGAGAAGAUGAAGCAGACAGAUAGCAGUAGUAGACUAGUAGCAGUUCUUGGACCUGAUUAACUAGGGGAUCUGUGUAACUUGUACUACGUUGCUUGUGUGGAAGAAGACGAUAAAAUGGCGAAGAUUCCAAGCCACUGGUACCGCAGUGGUUUUGCUGGUGCGGUAUUCUGAAUCUGUUGGACAGUCACGAGGACAAUUAUGUGAUGUAUAAGUUCGACCUGACGACGACUGUAUA